AUGGGCGGAGUGGGGAAGACCACUAUGAUGAAGAAGCUGAGGCAGACUGUAGUUGAAAAGAAAAUGUUCAGUUAUUUUGUUAUGGCUGUUGUAGGGGAAAAUCCGGACAUCAAUGCUAUUCAGGAAUCUAUAGCAAGUUACCUGGGUAUACAGCUAAAGGACCAAGCUAAACAGGUAAGAGUCGACGAACUUCGUCAAGGGUUUGAGGCCAAAUUAAAGGGAGGUGAAAGUAAGUUCCUCGUAAUACUGGAUGAUGUUUGGAAGCUCCACCAACAUUCGAGUGCUUCGUCUCCACCGAUGCUCAUUGAUGUUUGA